CACAAACCACAAAAACAAUUUUCAAAAUAAACAUUUACAGCGCGAAAGGAAAGGAGACGUUUUGGAAAUACGGUCCUUGCAUACAAGUUUACUUACUUUAAGUAACGUACUUACCGCGUCUAAGCCUUUAGCAAUGGGUGCCUUCUUGAAUAAGUACAAGUUCAUGAGGUCCGAUUACAAGAUCCCCAUGGAGUGAAAACAAGCUCUUCACUAUAUUUAAUGAUGCUCAAAAAAGUUAAAAAUAUAAAAUAACAGGUGAGAAAUGCAGUAUAAGGUCGAAUACAAACAGGAUUGAGAACGAGUCACUCAUCUUGAACGUCUAAUAUGGCAACGAUGAAUGCACGUUCUUCCUCRGCCACACCUCUGACUUUUAAAAAGGUUGAACAUGACGUCGAACCAGUGGAAGGAGAAAUCUUUACUACAAGGAGCGAGAUUGAAAAUAAAGAAAGUACAAAUGGCAUUAAAGAGUCUAUGGAGUUUGGCGGGAGAAAAAAAAACAAAUCCCAACAUUCCAAAACUGAAAAGAGAAAACUUGUUGGGCAUAAAACGUCCAAGUAUACAGAUUUAAGAACGAGGAAUAGAAAAUGCCUAAAAACCCUGAGCAAGGGAAAAUCAGUGAUGGCACUGGAGUGUCGUAAGAAUCACCAAGGAUCGUCAAAGUCAAUGAUGGAACCCUUGGUGGAAUUCAAACCGUUUUUUCAUACAGAAAAAUAUUCCUUAGUUAUUGGAGAUGAUGCUUCUGUUCUAUCAAGGAUAAAGAAAAACGUCGACACAAACAUUGACAAAUGGUCCGAUGUCAACCAAGCAUUGUGGGCAUUUAAGAAACAUCUUUAUGAUGUCAGAGGCAAAUCGUUUGGUCUAUGGUCUGACCGGAUGACAGAAAAUGUUAUUGAGCAUUUUUCAAAAUGCUUUUCAUAUUGCUUAAGUAAACAUAAGAAUAAUCCCUCGGUGUUGAAGGCUGAGUUACAGGUCAUAGUGCCCCAUUUAUUUGGCGACCAUUCUAAAUGCGAAGGUUGGUGCAAAUUCGAAAGUAGUGGCCACAGCUACAAACACACCCAUCUGUCAUCAGAUCGUCAUCUCAAGGGAGAAAAUCUACGCAAGUUUCUUAAUGAUGUAAUCCUCCCGUUUAGCACAGAUAAAGCUGUUGAUAAACUGGCUACCCUCGGUUCGUCGAGCAUCAAGAACAAUUCAAAGAGAAAAUCAAGGUUCUAUGGAGGUUCCAGGAGCAGGGACUUCCGAACGGCAGUUCCUGUUGCUCAGUUCAACGAGGGCCACAUCUAUCUGCAUAAACGUAAACAAAAAAGGGGGGCUGAUAACCAGAUUGAUCGAAUGAAUCGUAAGCGGCAACUCGCUUGCAAAAGUAAAUCAGGACCAGCUGCUAAGAUUGGUAGGAAAGCCUCAAAGUCAAAACAUGAUAGUAAGACUAAGCGCAAAGAAAAAAGAAAAGGUACCACUUCUUGCUCAAGAACAGGAUUCCCUAUUCUAGUGACGCAGGAGGAAUUUGCACAACUCUCUCUUGAUCAGAGUGGAUAUAAGCAAGUCAAAGCAUUUCUAGACAAAAAUCAGUUGAUUCAUCGCCUAGUAAAGCCUUCCAUACCACCAACUUGUCGUAACGAACGAUUUCACAAGUUAAUAGUGUUUGAUAUAGAGACAAGUGGUUUGUCAAUGGAUGCAGAGAUCCUGCAGUUGUCCUGCGUUGUUCUUAAUAGUAGACAGACGUUCAAUUCAUACAUCAUGCCCAAAUGGCGUAUCAGUUCAAGUUCUUCCAAAGUUCACAACCUGCAUAUCAGAUAUGAGAAUGGACAGCGGAUGCUUUGCAAAAACAAGGUCCCAGUCCAUGCAAAACCUCUAUCGACCGUGCUAAAAAAGUUUGUUGACUUCUUGGAGAACACCGCCGAAGGACAGCCAUUGCUUUUAAUUGGCCACAAUGCGAACGUGUUUGACACUCCUCGGAUAGUGAACGAGCUGGUUAGCGUCCAGCCUUUGAUGAAACGUCUUCAUAAGCUGCAGAUAUAUUUUGGAGACUCCCUUCCUGUUUUCAAAACUCAAUUGAACCGUAAGAGUACGAUGAAACUUAGCGACCUUUACAAUGAAGCUACUGGAGAAACCUUUGAUGCUCACGACGCCCUCGAAGACGUGCUGGCCUUAAAGAAACUACUUCUUCACUACGGAGAGUCCUUCAUCAAUAAUAUUGCUCAAGCAUCCAAGACGCUAACCUACUUUGUGCAACUACACCAGUACAAGAUGACAAAAGCAAUCUCCUCUAAUUCUUACCAAGAAAAGUCCAUAAAGAAAUCCCUAAAGAAUCGCCUCAUUCAAAAUGGUCUCCCCUUCCCAUCCUUGAAGUCCGCAUAUCAAAAUUGCGGGAGUAACGCCUUGAUUUCAUACCUUACAUAUAAGAAUGGGCUGAAGACACGCAUUGCUAAAGAUGUGGACGAUGUAAACCAAAUUCUAAACAUGUUAUAAGCAUAAAAAGUGGCCAGGACGUUUCAAAACUCCUUUCUUUUGGCGUUGUAAUUUCUUCUUUUUUGAUAAUAAAUUUGUGGUUUAUGUGUCAGGAGUUUUGUAAUUUUAUCUUUCUUUUGCUUCAAAGAUUAUAAUUUAUAUAGAAAAUAACCAUUAAUUUAUAAAAAUGGAUUUACUAAGAUGUUCACAAGUGACAGUUUAUGAAGAAGUUUUAUCAGUUUUCAAUAAAUAUAUCAAGCUCUACAAAAAAAAAAAAAAAAA